AGGCCACGCAGGGAAGGGAUGUUGUAGUAUGAAAUAAAAUGGUUAUUUUAACAAAGUAUCGAUUGAAUCUUUUAACUUAAAUAUUCAUUUCAUUAUGAGUUUUGAGAUUUGAAACAAUUCUAUCCAAGUAGACAAAUUUAACAAAACCUUUUAAUAUCUUUUUAAUAUCACGUUCAACCGUAUUCUCUAUGUUUUAUUCAACUUUAACAAGUUAAUUCAAAUUUUAUUUCGAUUGAUUUGAAUUUUCGGAGAAUUCAUUAUACGCGAUUAAAAACCCGGUCCUUCUAAUCACAAACUUAAAUUCCUGCCUUAGCUUGAAUCAUGUUUUCAGCACAUCUCGUCUAUUGAACAAGCCACAAAAGUAAGGAUCGAGUUUAAUCCAAUUUGAUGGUUUAAAAAGUUGAGUUAAAACAAUUAUACGUACAUAUCUGUUGAUCAUCAACUGAAUAUAUAUACUAUCACUUGAAAAAAAAAAAAAAGAAUAUAAUCCAGAGCUUAUCACAAAAGCACCAAAGAAGAAAACAACACAGCUUACUGAAAGUAGUCUUCCAAUCCAUGGCGCCUCAAGGAGACAAUAAGCUUGCUAAGAUCGGGGAAAGUCUUCUCCCACGUCAACAAGUACUACACCGCCCGCUACCAGACUCACCGGACUGGGAUGUCGACGGUGGGAACGGUGAACUUGACGGCGGCUACGGAGACGGCGCAGCACUAUCGGAGCGACGAUCAACCGGCGGCCGUGGCGAGGGAGAAGAAACAGCUGAGCUGGGUGGGGAUGAAUUCCGAGGAGGCGGCGCAGAAGUUCGAUGGGCUUGCGAUCGCGGAGCGCGGGAUGGGAGGGACCGAGGGAGUUCCCUUGGAUUGGGCUUUACAAUUAGGGCCCGGCCUGAGAAUAAACAUAGGUUUUAAUCUGAAGAUAGUUGACACUUGACAGGGCCUACUUAGACGUCAAGCCGGUCAAGUUAUCACCCCAAAUGUUACGGGUGUUUUUAAGUUUGUGUUCGUUUUUUGUUAUCUUUCUUCCUCGUCCUCUUAUCUAUCAUCAAAGUGAGUAGGGGGUCAAAGCUUGAUCCAGAAGACCUGCUGAUCCGUCUGAUCUGUCCCGUCUCUAAGGGUCGGGACGGGUCAGUUUGACUACAGGGUCAUAUUAGAGACGGGUUAUUUGUUAAUCCUAUAAGGAUCGGAAUAAUUUAGGGACGGGUCACUUUUUGACCAUGUGACCUUUAGCAACAACAAAUAUCUCGUACCUCAUUGAACCUUUUUGUAAAGUUUUAAAAGUUUAGAUACUAACUUGUAAAAAUAAAAAAGUUUGGUUACCAAAACGUAAUCUCACCAUCAAAAUUUAUGGACUUAUUUGUAUAAAAAAUAAAUUUUUGGUAUUAAAUUGUAAUGAAAAUAAUUUUGGGUAAAAACAUAAUUUAUAAAAAAGUAGUGUGUUGAUUAGGGUCGACCCACUGACCUGGCCAGUCCCGACCCAUCCCAACCCUUGAGGGUCAGACACGAUCAAGAAGGAGACAGGGACGAGACGGGUCAGUUAUACAUCUUGACCAUUCUGGGAUGGGACAGUCAAAUUUUCAACCCUAAAGGCUAAAAGUGAGUACCUGAAAGUUGCGUAUAUCAUAUGCAACCAACUGGCCUUACAGAUGGUCGAUACUCGCACUCUAUUGUUUGUUUCAUGACUUAAUAGUAGUAAUGCAUUUGUGGUUAAUGUCUAACUGAUAAUAAUGGGUCUACCACAAAGGUAUGUGUAGUCUAAAUCGACUCAUAUUUUAAUUUACUUUGAUUUGAUCAAGGGGAAACGAAAAACGUGGGGUUGAACUUUUCCUCAAACAACUGGUUAUUUGUUUACUGAUAACCAUCAACAGGUUUGUAAUCCAGUGGCUUUGUAGCAGUACUUCGGUAACCACCAACAGGUUUGUAAUCCAGUGACUUUGUAGCAAUACUUCAAUAGUAAACUUAUUAGCAGUGGUAAGAUAUUUUCAAACCCUAACGACUUUCCUCUAAAAUUCCGAUUCCCACUUCAUUUUUUUGGGUGCAAAACAGAGCGCAAAGAGGCACACUAACCCUUAAAUAUUAACGGAUCGAGGAGUUUGAAUCCCCAUAGUGUCAAACAACAACUAAUAACUCAAGAUAGGGGUUUGAAUCCUCAUCCCCCUUCAUUAAGAUGCAAUAUUAAUUUUCUUCCCUAAUGAAAAAAAUCUUGCGGUGCAGACAACUUAAUGGGCCAGUCCUUACCAUAUGGGCUUGAACCAAAAGCCUGCUACUUCUCUUCGCGGCGAAAAAAGCCGUCCUCCGCCGCCGCUGCUGAACCACUCUCAGUAACGACCAUCCGGAAAUCCUGGUUCCGUCACCCUCCGUCCGCCGCGGAAAAAAACUAAUUUCGUGCUAAUUUAAUUCCUUCUUAGUUUGCAAAAAAAAAAAAAAAAAAAAAAAGUUAAUUCCUUCUUCUUUGUAAUGAAAAUCACCCCGCCGAAUUUGAAAUUUCUUCAAACGCACGUGUUAUGUCUCUUCCCGCGAAUCGCCAUUGUUCUUUUGAGUUGUUGACCAAAAAUCUCCAAAAAGAACAAGACAUCGCACCAAGCAUUGCCGAGGUUUCCGGAGCCGGAACGACAAUUAACGAACCAACAAGACAGAUUUGUUUCAGAGAAGAACUUCUGGUGAAAUUCUGGUUCAGAAUUUGGUGGCGGACUGCAAAUUAUAAAAUUCGAAAUACCCGCCAACGAUACAGAAAAAAACGCAAAGAAGCGAUUCCGUUUCCUCCUAGACAGGGGAAGGCGUAAAAUAGAAAAAUGGAAAUAAACAAAUGCCUAACCU